GAUGAACUUAGUCAUAGAUCAAAUAACCAUACCCCAAAGCAAGACCAAAGACAUAUAAUGUCACAGUAUAAGAAGAUAUCGAGGGAAUCACUAUAUAAUUCAGAAUCCGAAUAUGAAAGUGAAAGCGAUGAGAACCCAACUAGUUACAUGCCCAGUAACUUUGAAUUUGAUUUCAUAGAAGUGGACAAUAACGAUGAGAAAGAGGACGCUGUCACUGAUGAUAUAAGCAUAUUGUCCAAAGAUAAGGAGGUGGCCACUGAAGAGAAGCAGGAAUCUGAUGAAGAAUUCGAGUUCCCCUUGUUUGCAGCCCCUCCACCGAACUCGAAAGCUGAAGAGCCUAAAGAUGAUACUUCGAUGGAUGUUGUUGUGGAUGAAGAAAGAGGCAGGACCAAAUCUAAAAUCAUGAAAGUUUCUUUAAGAGAAGAAUCACUAGAGGUAAUUAAGAACGAAAGACCGUUAUCGUAUUACUAUGCAUCCUACUCGGAAGAUCAAAAGAGACAAUUUUUAGAAGCUGCUGUUUCUGGCGAUGAUAUAUACCAGCAAAUACAGAUAUCUGUUCCAAUAGAAGAUCCUAAGCCGUGGAAAUGCCUUAUUUUGGAAUCACAUAAUGCUCAAAUAGAGAAAGAACUUGCAAAACAGAAAAAGAGGUCCCAUAGUAAACGUGCUGGUAAGAAGAAAAGAGAAUAUAAAGUCGCUUGCCGUGAAAGAAAGCUUGAACGUAAAAGAAUUGAAAAAAAGCUUCAAAAGGAAAAGGAUGCAAAAUUCAAGAAACAAUUUUAUGGCCAAAAAGCAUUCACACCUAAAUCGAAACGUUUCAAUCUCAACAAAACCAAUUCUUCAAAACCUCAAGCAUCCAAACCUAAGUAUAAGACUGAAUAGCUUUUGAUUUAGUAUAAGGAAAGCAG